CUGAAGGAAUUCAUGAAGUUCCAUGUUAUUUUAUGGGUAGUGUUUUGUAGAUGGCUUGGAAGACAAUGAGAAGGGGAGGCACCAGGUGCUGCGGUGAAGGGACAGCGCUGCUCCCAGAGAUGGCUCAGGAGCCUGCAGACCUUGCUUCUGACUAUCAGUUUUGGCUGCAGAAGCUUUCUGCAUGGGAACAGGCCUCUUCCAAGGAGACCCAGCGGGACACUUGUCUUCACUUGUCCCGGUUCCAAGAGUUCCUGAGGCAGAUGUAUGAACUCUUGAAGGAGAUGGAUUCUGAUGCAAUCCUGGAAAGGUUCCCCUCAAUUGGUCAACUGUUGGCAAAAACUUGUUGGAAUCCUCUCAUCUUAGCAUAUGACGAAAGCCAAAAGAUUGUAAUAUGGUGCUUAUGUUGUCUGAUGAACAAAGCACCACGGACUUCUGCAGAGUCAGGACGUAACUCAUGGAUCCAGGGUCUGUUGUCUCAUAUACUUUCUGCAUUCAGAUUCGACAUGAAAGAAGUUUGUCUUUUUACCAAAAGCCUUGGAUAUGAAUCUAUUGAUUACUAUCCUAGUUUGCUUAAAAAUAUGGUUUUGUCGUUAGUGUCUGAGCUCAGAGGGAGUCAUCUUAAUGGACUGAACACUCAAAGUCGGAUGGCUCCUGAGCGCAUGAUGUCCCUGUCACAAGUCUGUGUCCCUCUUGUUACUCUGCCUGAUAUUGAACCCCUGGUAGAGGCUCUCCUAACCUACCAUGGACAUGAGCCCCAAGAAGUCCUGUCUGCUGAGUUCUUUGAAGCUGUAACUGAGGCCUUCUUAUCGGAAAAAAUUGUCCUGCCCACGUCCUCUGUGGUCAGCCUCUGGUUUCGGCAUCUCCCCAGCCUUGAAAAAGCAACGCUGCAUCUUUUUGAAAAGCUGUUCUCCAGCAAGAGAAAUUGCCUGAGAAGGAUGGAGUGCUGUAUAAAAGCAUCAUUACUGCCUCAAGCAGCCUGCCAACCUGCCAUCUUUAGAAUUGUUGAUGAAAUGUUCAGGUUUGUGCUACUGGAAACUGAUGGGGCCCCAGCAGUGCUAGCUGCUCUUCAGAUUUUCACAUCCUGCUUGGUAGAAGCUCUGAGGAAAGAAAAUAAGCAGCUGAAGUUUGCCCUCAAGACCUACUUUCCCUACGGUGCUCCGUGUCUUACUGCAGCGCUGUCCCAGCAGCCUGAAGCUAUCCCACAGGGACAUCGGCUCCAGCCUCUGCUGCACAUUUCCCAACUCCUCAGAGAAGCAGUUGAAGACUGUACUGAUGGGUCUCAUCGAAAUCCCUUUGAGAGCUGGUUUUUGUUUGUUCACUUUGGAGGAUGGGUUGAUCUGGCUGUGGAGGAGUUGCUGCUGAGGGAGGAAGCUGAGCCCCCUGCAGGCCUUCUGUGGCUCUUGGUCUUCUAUUACAGCCCACAGGACAGGAGUCAGCAGAGAGAGCAGAGCAUGGUAGAGUUGAAGGUAUUAGUCAACCGUCUCCUGAUGCUGCUCAGAAGUGGCCCCCUCUCAGCUAUGGACCUGCUGGAAGCAGCUGAGAGCCCCAGGGAAGACCCCAGACCUGUAUGUGGACAGCUGGUCAGACGCCUUCUUCUUAGUCUCUUGCUCUGGACCCCAGAAGGCCAUGCGAUUGCCUGGGAAGCUGUCACCCAUAUUAUCUCCUUGAGGGCCCCGGCUUUUGAGAUCACAGGCCCAGGAUGCUGCCCCAGGGUAUGGAGGUCAACAAGGCCACAGCACAGACCCAGAGCAUACCUGUGCUGUACAGAGAUGGCCCACACGGAUGCUGUAACCCACGAGAUUGUUGGCUUUCUUGACCAGACCUUGUACAGAUCACAUCAUCUUUGUGUUGAAGCCUCAAGAAAACUGGCUAGAGAGCUCCUAAAGGAGCUGCACGCUCAGGUCUAGCAGGCCACACGGAAUGUGUGGACACCUGCAGGAGGCACCUGUCUGGUGAAGCUCCCACAGUGGAUGCGAUGCUGUUCCUAAGGCAAGAACAAGUGAGAGUGGGACGUCCGUGCCUUGGCCUGAUGGAGUGAUGUGUGCGACCAACCAUGCACUCUAUACUGCUUGGCCCAGGACGUCCAUGAGUAUUAUGAAGGGAAAGGCCCAGACUGCCUGUUGUGACAGCCAUUCAUGACAAGAGCUAGCACUGGCUGAUGUGCUGACUCCUUUUAUACCUCCCACUCUGAAGAAGGUGCUCGUGACGGUGGGAGGACGUCCAGUAGCAGGAGACAUGGGCCCUGCAGGAGGUGAGGCUACACAGGGAUAACCUGCCUCAGCCGUGACUGUGGCUCGGUGCAGGAAUUGCUGCAAGGCACCCACUGUAGUGGGAGGAGCAGGGAUGGCCAGGGAAGGGUCAUUACUUCCUCCCCUAAACCUCCAAAGAGCCAAACUCUGCUUCCUGGGUGACCUUUGUGUAGUAAACAGGAUUUGGAAACUGAAA